AUCCCGUUUUAUAGAGCAGAAAAGCGGGAGGAAGGGAAUGUGUGAUGAAAAUGGCAUCCCAUCUCAUAACAUGAGUAGGGAGACAGUGGUCGGAGAGUGGUAGCAAAAAAAAAAGCAUGGACUAAGUUUCGCAAUCAACACAAAGCCACACCUAUAGAGAGUGACAUAGCAGUGCCAGAAUCCAAGCCAAAACACGAAACAAAGUAAAAGAAAAAAAUGACGACUGGUAUAGUACGAGACCAGAACCUGGAGAAACACAUUCACAAGCAGAUGGGGUGCAUGGCUGGCUUUCUUCAGAUCUUUGACCGUCAUCAGAUACUCACUGGAAAACGCAUCUAUUCCCCCAAACGUCUACCUCCGGCUUCACCGGAGCCUGACAAAGUUACUGCCUCGCCGGCUCGUUCCGUGCAGUCGCCGGCUAGGGAGGUGGUCCAAUCCGAACCCAAGGCCAGUUCUCCUGCUCUCCCUGUUCUGGAAUUCAAGGAAGGCACGCGAUCCUCCUGGAAGUUCUCGCGAGAGGCUCCGAGACUGUCUCUUGACAGCAGAGCCGUGGUGGACGCCAAAGGAACUCUUCACCUUCACACCCGAGAGAUCCCUUCGGAGAACGAUGGAGACAAGCAGCGUCGUUCCACCAGCGUCAUUGCCAAGCUUAUGGGCCUGGAGCCCCUGCCCGAUUCAGAGCCCGGACCAGGGCCCAUAGCAAAGCUGCAGAGAUCCGCUUCCGAGUCCAGAGUGUCCAGAGAUCUGUCUCUGCCUCUGCCACUGCCACAGUGUCGUUUUCUGGACACAAACAAUUUCCCAAGCGCGGUUCAGGUCACCAAUGUGGUCCUCGAGAAUAAUAAUGCUGCAAUCGAUGCCCGAUUGAGCAAUGGCAGAGCUGCAGAUCCACCCAGGCAAAGGGUCAAGAAGAGUUUCUACGACUCGGCGGAUUUCUUCCCCGAACCCAAACACACAGCUUCUGUUUACGGGGAGAUUGAGAGGAGGUUGCGGAUGCGAGGGAUUAACGAGCCAUCCAAGGAUCUCCACACUCUCAAACACAUCCUCGAGGCCUUGCAGCUCAAAGGGCUUUUGCAUUCCAACGGCAAAUCCAAUCAAUCUCCCAUUGUCGUUAUGAAGCCUGUCCGAUCGAUGAACCGGACUGGAAACGAUUCUCCUCCCCCUCUCCUCCGGUCCAGUCCUCGCCGGAGCCCCCGAGUUGGGAACGAGAACAGGAGGAUUGACCAAAAUGAGCGGAGUUCAAUGAGUCAAAGCAAUAGAGCACUAAGCUCGAGUCCAAAUAGGAGGAAGCAACAAAACGUGGAACCGCAGAGGAAAGUGGGCGUUGAUUCGAGAAGGGGGUCUGUGUCUGUCUCUCCUGUUCAUUCUCCCAAGGCGAGCCCCAGAAGGAAUGCAGGCAAUCAGCAGGUGCCAUGUGGAUCGCCUAGAGUGAGAAGAAAUGUGGAGCGGAAGUUGAAAAUGCUGGGUGGGGCAGAGGAUGAAUCCUCUACAGUUUCAGAGAACAGCUUCAGCACUUCUUCAUAUCCCGAUACAGAGAGGUACAGGUUGGAAGAGUAUAAGGAAGGAAAAGAUCUGUUGGAUAGGUGUGAUAAGCUGCUGAACAGCAUAGCAGAAAUAACAGCAGCCAACGAGUUGCAACCGAGUCCAGUAUCGGUUCUGGACUCAUCGUUUGACAAGGACGACUGGUGUUCACCAUCCCCAAUAACAAAACGAUGCAUUGAUUACAAAGAUCAAGCGGCGGAGUCAGAAGAUGAUAUGUGGAGUGCGGCACUGUGCAGCAGCGAGGAGGCAGCGUCGGAGGAUUGCGAUUUCGUGUACGUAUCGGAGAUUCUUCGAGCGUGCAGUUACUUGCCGGAAGAGUGCGACAUUUUUCUGUUACUGGAGAAGCAGCAAUGCCUGAAAGGAAAGGAUACCUCAAAGGCUUCGACGCUGCAGAGGCGGUUGAUCUUCGACACUCUCCAGGAGAUCCUGGAGCGGAACCAACAGUUGCCGCCGUGGAAGGCGGUGUCGUACGGCGAGCAGAGGCAGAAGAUCUGGUCGGAGUUUCGGAGGAUCCGAGAGAGGGAAGAAUCGGAGUCGGAGGACUUGUUCAAGGUUAUAUGCGGAGUGUUGAAGAAGGACAUGGCGGAGGAGAUGCCGGGGUGGGGAGAAUGGGCGGUGGAGAUGGGAGAUGUGGUGUUAGACAUUGAACGUCUCGUGUUUAAAGAUCUGGUUGGCGAAACCAUUCGAGAACUCGCUUCGUUUUCUCCUCAUUGUAACAACGACAAGCUACCCGCGCUUCGUAGGAAACUCCUCUUUUGAAUUCCAUUCACAAACAUCAAAAAAAAAAAAAAUGGCAAAGGAGUCGCACGCUUUGUUUAAAUUUUUCGCGCGCUUGCAUCUUUUUUCCUUUUGUAGCUUCGCUUUAUAUGAUUUUACUUUUACUCACUGUCAAUGACGAAAUCAGGAAUUUUAAAUCUGAAAUCUAGGCAAAUCUGACCUUGGCUUUCUUCUA